GCUGGGAUAGGCUCCAGCUUGCCUGCGACCCUGUAGAACAGGAUAAAGCGGCUAGAGAUAAUGAGAUGAGAUUUUUCUGGCCAUUUUGAGCAUUUAAUCGACCCCACAAAUGUGAUGCUCCAGAAACUCAAUCUGCUCAAAGGAAGGUCAGUUUUUUAGCUUCUCUAAAGAGCUCAACUGUUUUCAGCUGUGCUAACAUGAUUGUACAAGGGUUUUCUAAUCAUCCAUUAGCCUUCUGAGGCAAUGAGCAAACACAUUGUACCAUUAGAACACUGGAGUGAGAGUUGCUGGAAAUGGGCCUCUAUACACCUAUGGAGAUAUUGCACCAAAAACCAGACAUUUGCAGCUAGAAUAGUCAUUUACCACAUUAGCAAUGUAUAGAGUGGAUUUCUGAUUAGUUUAAAGUGAUCUUCAUUGAAAAGAACAGUGCUUUUCUUUCAAAAAUAAGGACAUUUCAAAGUGACCCCAAACUUUUGAACGGUAGUGUAUGUAGGGCUUCACCCAACCUGAUGCCACAAAGUUGGAAGCACAGUUAUAGUAUCGAAAGUUUUAGAUUUAUAAUUUCUCUUCACUGGGGGGCGUCAUGGCUCGGGUGGCUGGGGCGCCGUGCCGUGGAUCCGGGGACCUGGGUUUGAUUCCGGCCCAGGGUCGUUUCCCGAUCCCUCCCCGUCUCUCUCUCCCGCUCGUUUCCUGUCCUGUCUCUGCGCUGUCCUGUCCAAUGGAGGUGAAAAAAGCCCCCAAAAAAAUCUUUAAAAAAAAUUUAAAAAAAUAAUUUCUCUUCACUGGAACAAAGAGUCUGAAACAUGCUCCAGCAUGACAAUGCUCCUGUGCACAAAGCAAGCUCCAUGAAGACAUGGUUUCCCGAAGUCGAAGUGGAACGAUUCGAGUGUCAUGCAUCUGACCUGAUCGUUUUUAUCAAUUUUUAUCUGCACAAACUUGUUUUUAAGCAGGGCUCGAAAUUCAUAUUUUUUUUCACCAGCCAGCUGGACUAGUUACCUUCCAAAGUAACUAGCCAAACAGAAAAUCAACUCGCCAAAAUUUGUUCAUGUAUGAAUUUUACUUCUGUCAAAAAUAACACAAAAGAGAGUAGUUACCACUGUUCAUGACUAAUGUGCAUUUAUUUCAAGACCCGAGUAUUUUGAUACUGUUUUUUUUUUUUUGCACACUUUACAAACUGGCAUUUGCUGUUCCACGUCCUCCUCGCGAUAUCUAAACAAAUGCCAGAUGACUGACCCCUUACUUGUUCUUUUAGGAACCAAUUUGUCCGCUUCCAUUUUUAAUUUGUCGCUGAAAUUGACAGAGCUGACACGGUAGCCGAUGCAACAUCAGCGAUUGCACGAACUGAGUAAGCGCUGUAAACCGAAACUAGGAAAUCUUCCUGCAGCAAGUUCCUUUCAGCACUUAGAUGUCGCCCGGGAUUGGUUGGUGAGUGUGUGACGUUAUUGUUUUUUUUUUACCCUUAGGCAGCCUCUCACGUUACUGCCUGAGGGACAGGGAGAAAAACACCGGAAAAUGUUUUAAACAAACGCAACAAACACGAAACAAACGCAAGUCGGCAGAUGACCAUAAAAUACUCGAGUUACGAUAUAAUAAUUUUAUGUAUCUCACACAGAAUUUUUGGAGAUAUAUCGAGUAUAUUCGAUAUAUUGCACAGCCCUAGUCUGAAUCUUCGCUUCAUAUAUAUAUUUUUUUAUUUUCAACUAGCCAGCCGGGCUGCCUAGUGACAGGAAUUACCCGCCAAAUGACAAAUUAAGUCGCCUUGGGUGACCAGACAAUUUCGAGCCCUGUUAAGUCAAUAAAUUUUUAUCCUGCACAAUGAUGUUUUUAACUAUUAUGCACGCCUAGACAUAACGGUCAAGAUUGACCAUACAGCGUCUAGUACUGGAAGAGGACCUCAACCCCACUGAACACCUUUGGGAUAAAUUGCACCCCAGGCCUUGUCACCCAACAUCAGUUUCUGCUUGUAUUUGAAUAGCCACAAGCUCCAAAAUCUAUUGAAAGGCCUUCCCGGAAGAGUGGAGGUUAUUAUAUAGCAAAGGAGAAUAAAUAUGGAAUGGGAUGUUCGAAUAAGUACGUAUGGUCAGGUGUCCACAAGUAACAGUAAAAAGUUUGGACACACCUCCUAAUUCAAUGGUUUUCUUUAUUAAUAUUAAUUAAAAACACUUCAUGUCUUAAAGUAAUGAUGGAUGUUUCUCUUUACUUAGUUGAGCGGUUCUUGACGUCAUAUGUUAUCUUAGUUUUGAUGUCUUUAGUAUUGUUCUACAAUGUAGAAAAUAGUCAGAAUACAGAAAAACCUAUGAAUGAGUAGGGGUAUACAAACUUUUGACUGGUACUGUACGCAUCUCCCAUAACCCGGUACGGAACAGAAUGGGACGGAAAAGUACCGUCACGUAUUUUCUUAUAUUUGCCUUCCAGGUUUUUAUAUAAUAAUACUGGAUAAUCGAAGAAUGCAUGACAGUGAUAUGUGUGAGUAUAAGAUUUUAAUUUGGAAACAUUAAUAAAAUGCACUGGAGCGCAGUAAUGAAAUACAUGCAAAUUUAAAUAUGCUAAUUAAAACACAAUAAAAUUAAAUUCACCCCCUUACCUGAAUACAUUGUACUCUCUGAAAUGUAUUUGUGUUUGGACUAUUUGGAAUCAAAAUAACAUUUUCCACAGGAAGUUGCGUCAUCUGAAUUUUCUGAAGAUCAUAUGAAGAAGAAAAACGUUAUCUAAUUCUGCUUUCUUUAUUUCCACUGAUAUUCACUGAUGAAUCAUUCGAAUGUCCUUAAUAUUCUCAUGCUGUUAGAUGGAUGCUGGUUAACCACAUUUUCUGUAUUUGCUGAUUCUAUGAUUUAAAAAAAAGUGCAAACAUGCUACUCAUUUAAAGUCAAACUGAACCUAAAAAAAAAAAAGUUUGCUGACCACAGCAAGUGCCAUGAUGUAACACCCCCCUCCUCUGCACAUUUAAAUAAAAAAAUAAAACUUGAUAACAAUUUACACAACCAUUUGCACUGAAACCAGAUAUCUGCCUGUGAUGUAACCGGUUCACUAGUAUGCCAUUUCCCUUAGUAAUACAAAGCCAUCAAAUAAAGUCUUCUAAUUCUAAAAAAAAAAAUCCCCAGGCACCACUGCACUCGCGCUCUCUCUCUCUCUCUCUCUCUCUCUGUCUCUCUCUCUCUCUCUCGCUCUCUCGCUGUGUGUGUUCACUGCUUAAGCCUCGGUCACAACCGGCCGUACGUGCUCCUACGGCCGGUCUACGUGCAAAAAACGCAAGAAACGCACGGAGGGCGCGCGUGUGACGUGCUGAUUUUCGAGCCGUAAACUGUUCGCAGACCGGCCGCAGAGGUUCUUUGUCAUGUCAAACAAACUCUACGGGCGCUUACGUUUUUUCAGGUUGCAAGACAAACUUACGUCCAACGUGCGUCUUUCUCCACGAACAAAAAAAAAAACGCAGCGAUUUGGGAAAUGCCAAAAAUCGCACAGCCAAAAAAUCGUACGUCCGGUUGUGACCUAGGCUUUAAGUGAUCGGGCUUAUUUUUACACCCAAACUCUUGACACUCGGGCAUCUUCAGGGUUGUUUACAACAAGUUAGAAGCGAUGUAUCCACUAGAUCUCAGCCUUGGUAAGUCAUAUACCGUGUAAGUGAUGUCACAAUCUUGGAUUCUCUUGAGUAAUUUGUACUCAGAGUGCGAUAUUUGAAUCUCGGGGAGAGUAAAAUAUCAGCGCCCAGGGACAUUUUAUUUUAAAAGAAAAACAGUCUGUACACAGUAUACAAUUAUGAACAAUUGAACACUCAAAUGUGUCUUGUAUGGAUAUUAUCUGUCAAUAUAAAGGAGUUUAUUUUUGUGUUUCGUUUGGCUUUAAGUGCAAAAAGCAGCCACUGGCAGCAAAGAAACCUUGGGAAAAAAUGAGAUUGUUGCCUGGGAUGGGCGAGCACAUUGCUUGAUUGGUUAAAUUAAUGUUUUAUUAGAAUCAGUGUCUGAAAAUUAUUGUUAAAAGAGUUUCAUUUUUAAUGCUGGGUUUUCAUUUAGACACUCUGGCUGGUGUUGUUUACAUUCUGGAUUAUUGAACACGUUCACUUUUUUCCCAGUAAUAUUUUUUCAAACUAUUUUUUUGUUCAGGUAAAACAUUUAUAUAAAGUGCUCAGAGAAGGUAUUUUCCCCCUUCCUGAUUUCUUCUAUUUUUGCAUAUUUGUCACACGUAAUUGUUUCAGAUCUUCAGACAAUUUAAUAUCAGACAAAGACAACGUGAAAAAACUCAAAAUACAGUUUUAAAUUAUCAUUUCAUUUUUUGAAGGACAAAAGUUAUCCGACGCCAACUGGCACUAUGUGAAAAAGUAACUGCCCCCUUAAAGACUGACAUUCCAUUAUCUGAUGUGUCGGGCUGCAGUUGUUGCUGCUAAAGGUGGCGCAAUCAGUUAUUAAGAUUAGGGAGUGAUUACUUUUUCACAUACAUGAUGUGCAGUAAGUUUUGCAUAAGCUUUUGCUUCAGUAAGUUCAAGGAUCAUUUAAAAGCUGUGCUUUGCGUUUCUUUGUGUUCAUGUCAUGUAUCACGUUUUGUAUGUGGAUUUGAAACCAUUUAAAGGAGAGGAAAUCAGGAGGGGGCAUAUACUUUUUCUCGGCUGAUCUGUAGCUGACGGUGAAGGCAAAAAGUGCACUGAUGUUCAUUUGCUGUAGUGAUUAUUGUGUGAAUGUAAGAACUGAGUAUUUUUGUCAGAAACUGAGGAUACAGUUGAGAAAAAAAAGCUUGCAUAAUGGUUUGUGUUAAAUUACAGGUACGCAUUCCCUUUUCCACUCAAACUAUGAAGGGGCAAACUUUUCACUCAAGUGUAAAUUCAGAUUUAAAAAAACCCCUUUUCUUCAAGUGUGACAUUAUUUCUAUUCGUUGCAUCCUAACGCGAUGAAAAGUCACCGUUAUUUUCAUGUGAAAUUGUUUAAAUAUCUUUUUCUUGUCUCAAGGAUGAGCUUUCAGAGGUUUGACGAUGUGGAGAAGUAUCUUCGAUUUGGGACAUACAGCAAACUUGAUAAAGCUUCAAAAGGUGUAAUAAGGAGAUGUAGUAAGAAAUUUCUUUGGGGAGAUGGUGCACUUUGGUAUAUAGAUGGCAAGCGUCAGCGUAAGGUACUCCGCAGUGAAGAGGAAGUGAGAGAAGUGCUGGUGGAGCAUCACAACAACCGCAAGCACGCAGGCCGCUCUCGGUGCCUGAAAGCCGUGUCAGAUCUGUAUUACUGGCGCUCGAUAACCAAAGACAUCAGUGACUGGAUAGACAACUGUAAAGAUUGCUCGCAUCCGUCCAAUCCAGUCGUGUGCUCACAGUGCAUCGUCCCGGGCUGUGAGAGCUCUGGACUGGCCGAUAAUGAAGAAGGCAUCACGUUUCACCGGUUCCCUUUCAGUGAUGCGGACAGGCUCAGCCGCUGGAUUAAGUUCUGUCAGAGAGACCGCUGGUCUAUUCACAGCAGGUCAGCUAUUUGCUCCAGACACUUCACCGAGGACUGUUUUGAUCGAAGCAACGAUGUUGUCUGCCUUAAACCUGACGCCGUGCCCACGAUUGACACAUUUGUAACUCCACAGGAGGGCAACCAUGAAUACUGGGAUGCUCGCUGCGUGGAAUCCGGGAAUGAUGAGAAUCCCUCUAUCGAGGAGGAUGUGGUCCAUGUGGAGCAUCCUUAUUCCAAAGAUUCCUCCAUGCAGACCAGCACAAAGGGAAGUGAAGUGAAGAGUGAAGUGAGCCUUCUGAGCUCCAAGUCCGAGCCUUAUUUCAGAAGAUACGAUGCGUUGGAGAAGUAUCUGCGUACGGGAGUGUACAGCAGUACGCCCUAUUGCACUAGGUACAUGGUCAGGAGGUGUGCCAAACGCUUUUGUCUUCAAGAUGGGAUCCUUUACUAUCACCAUGGUUCCAAGCGCAAGAAAGUCCUCCGAAAAAGAGAGGAGGUCGUUGAGGUGCUAAAGGAGCACCAUGACAAACGAGGACACUUUGGUAUGAGCAGAUGUUUGAACUCCAUAUCUGAGCUUUAUUACUGGGGCACGAUGACCAGGGACAUAGAGGAGUGGAUUGGAAACUGCCAGUUCUGCAUGAAGAUGGAUGAAUCAACACAAAAAUACCGGUGUUCAGUUUACAGCUGUAAUAACUACAAUGGGCCUUUGGAGAGGACGCUGGGUCUGACGUUUCACCGAUUUCCGUUUGAUGAUCCCGAGCGUCUUAAUCAGUGGAUCAGAAGCCUGCGCAGGCUGAACUGGCAUCCCCGGCCCAGGUCUGUCGUGUGUUCCACUCACUUCACAGAGGACUGCUUCGAGCACUCAGGACACUCUGUUUGUCUCAAACCUCACGCAGUCCCCACCCUGCUCCUCUGUACCUCACAGGAUAAGGAAGGUGCUUCUCAAGGUAUGGCUAACAGGAGCAGUUCUUCAGAGGCAAUAGAUGGCUCGAGUACCCAGCAUGCUUUUUUCUCGAAAUAUGAUGCAGUUGAGAAAUAUUUGAAAGGGAAAGGCUAUCCACCUGGACUCACCUCUGUGGAGAAAAACACCUUCAGGAGACUCUGCUCAAGAUUUGCUAUCCAUGAUGGCUUCCUGUUCUACUUGUCGGGCAGAGGCACACAGAAGCACGGGAGGCGCAGGGUGGUCAGGAGUAGAGAGGAGGUGUACUCAACCCUCACCAUCUACCACAACGACAUGAACCACCUGGAGCUGGAGAAGUGCUUGAAGCUCAUCUCUCAACACUUCUUCUGGGGCUCAAUGAGGGCAGAUGUGGCUCUGUGGAUCCAGCGCUGCCCCCAGUGUUCCAGCUCUGACGAAACUCAUGGCGUGGAGUUCUGUGCCAGUCCUGAGCUCCCUGAGCCUUUAGACAACAUACUGGAUCAAGACAGUCCAACACAGAUAAACGGGGUUCUGACAACUGAAAAUGAGCUCCACCUGUCAGUCACGGAGUUGGCUAUCCCACAGUGUCUGAUCAUCACCACGCCUGAGAUCCUCGCUCCAACUCAACCUCACAGCACUGCCGCUGCUGAAGCACUGACUGACUCAGUAACAAGUGCCAUUGGUUCUUAUCAGUUGCUUGAGGAUUCAGCACAGGAGCAGAGAACCAGCAGCUUGAGUGCCAGGACUGUGGUUCAGCAGUGCACACAUGCCUUACUGCAGGUCAAGCCUCAGACAGCUGAUGCAGACUCGGAAUGGGUUGAGAUUCAUAAUGGAAUUGUGAUCUAUGUCUGCUUUUAUAAAGGCGCGACUGAGAAAAUCAUUCCCAAAAUGGUAAACACCUUGCUCAAUGCAACAUUCUUUCCCGUGAAUACGGGCAGGCACGUGUCCAUCAUGGAGCUUCCGGGAAGUGUGAUGAUCAUUCCCCAGGACACCAUGACUGGUGUAGUUAAAGGCAGCAAAGUGCAGCACCAUGAUGCCAUUGAAGGCUGGAAAGGCUUUUACCUCUAUGAGAAAUUCGUCACUCAGUGUGAGACAGAGGUGGCUGCAUCAGCAAAGUGCACCGAGGCUGGGGUGGUUGUCAGGCAUGGAGUUUAUGGAAAUAUGCAAACUUUAUACCUUAACAGCAGUGCACCCCUCACUCAUGUACUCGAGUUUUAAUCGAGCAUUCACGUUUCAGAUUACUGCUGGAAUCUUUCCUAUCAUGUGCGUGAACAGUAAGGUUCAGAGUUUCAUUUGCUACUGCUGAUUACUUUAUUUUGAAAUGUUUAACAGAGGUACUGUAUAUUUUGAGAUGUUUACAUAACCUUUGAAGAUAAAUCGAUUGUUUCACUUGGAUUUCUGUUUCCACUGUAGAUUUUUAGCUUAUUUAUUAAAUGAUCUGACAGACAGAAAAUGGGAGUGAGAAACAGUUGGUAGGUACAGGAUUGCGCAAUCAGUGGCACAAAGACCAGCUCAGUGCAGAUAAACCCGGAGCACCCAGCCCUAAAGCACCUUGAUGUCACAGGAAGACAAAUGAAGAAAGCUCUCAGGAACACCACAGAGGCUGUCACUCAUGAUGGGCUUCAAGAUAGCUCUGGAGGGUGAUCACUGGUCCACAGAUGCUCUUAGGACACAGGCCACGGACUGAUCACCCCUGCCCAGGCCGCCUGGGAGAAAAAAUCUGAUGAUGAAUGAAACAGUGACUCCAUCAUUGAUGAUGCGUCUAAGACUGCAUUGCAAAAUGUAUGAUAAAAAGUAAUGAUGAUGCUGAUGAUGAACAGACCAGCUGUUUUUUUUUUUAAUAAAUUAAAUUAUUUUUGGAGACCUCAA